UCAUAUUCCCUAGCAUAUAUCAGAAAGCCACGUAUGCUAUCUCUAGCUAACACAGAUUUUUCGGAUCAAGGAAGGUAGUGGUCACUCCCUCUGAAGCGCCUGAAGCACUUUGAAACGCCCGUUCUGUACUACCUCCGGUCCCCCCGGGCCAUGUGCCCAGCCUCCAGGCGUGCACGACCUUGUCUACCAGUACAGCUUCAGACCACAGCAAACUCUGACCAAUACACCCUAUCCCCUCCAUCCUCACUUUCCCUCGACUACAAUGAAUAGUGACCAUGCAUUGACCAAGCAAGCUGCUUGGGAGAAGCUCGCACAAACAUGCGCUCACGGGGCCAUCUACGACUCGCAAGAACGUCAACCGCAUUCAAAGUGUCUCCCGGGGACUCGCAAAGACUUCCUUGAAUCACUGUGUGCAAUCGUGGAGUCGGGGACGCGGAACAUCGUAUGGGUAGUUGGUGAUUCUGGGUCGGGGAAGUCGACGGUAGCACACACCUUCGCAGAUGAGCUCAGUCAGGAGGGCUUGCUUGCAGGCACGUUUUUCUUUGCGCGAAACAACCCUCGAAGGAACACAUUCGACCUCGUCUUCCUCACCCUAGCUUAUCAGCUAGGGCUACAACAUCAUGUUACUCGUGACAUCAUCGCCACUGCCAUCUCCGUUGAUCCCUCCCUUCUCGAUCCCGCCAAGUCUCAUGUGGACCAGCUCGAGAGGCUCGUCGUGCGAGCUCUGAAUAGCCUGAAGCUUCAAUGGGCUAACAAGAACAUGUCCAUCGUCAUUGACGCUCUGGAAGAAGGUGCCACAACAAAUGGUACAUCUCAUGUCGAGCCCUUCGUCACCUUACUCGCCCGUCUCACACGGAACCACAACC